AUGCCUCGAAUACAGCACCUAUCAGCUCCCGCAAUAUACAAGUCUUUGGCAGCCCCGACUAUUCAAGUAGUCGAUAUCCAUAUCAGCGAGCUACGGCUUGACACGGUCACGAAAUUUCUUCAGAGCUGUGCAGACGAUGUGCCACUGGGCAUAUCACCAGAAUACGGUGCCCACGCUGCUUUGGCUGCGGUCGCAUUUUCAUCGCCAACUCAUGCAAUAUACCUACGCUUAUCCUCUAAACGGUCGAACCGGCCCUGCUCUCCCAAUCGCCUUCUUCUGCAGCCUCUCCUAGCCUCGACGUCAAAGAAAUACGCUCUACAAAUGGAUGUUUUAGCAACGGCCUUGUAUCUGGACCUCGACCUGCGGAUCAAUCACGGAAUAGAUAUGCUAUCCGCUGCAAAAGGCAAUCGAUAUUCACGACAGGCGGUUUAUGAUGUUUUAGGCGGGGACUCGAACAUUCUCGCGGACAAAGUCGAUGCUUUGUUCUUCAAUCAAGAACUUUCAAAUCGGCAACCCAUCCUAAGGGCGUGGGCAUUGUGCAAGGCGGCAUCUUCGGAGCAUGUACUAUCGAGACUCAGGCACACAAGCGAAAUCGACACCAGCCAGAUUUCUACAAAGCGUCUCUCUGUUUUGGCAAAACUCGUUCGCGACGCAGAGCUGCUCAAUAGAUUAAAGCCCACCGUGGUCAAGAACUCUGUCGAUCCGAAUGUAACGAAAAAUAAAUCUGGCGAAGUCAUCCUACAUUCGACCCGUUACAAAACUCGACUGAUGCCAAAUGGAAAUCCACUCCGAGUUGUGACUAUCAAUCAAAAAGGGAAGCAACAAGUCAAUACGGCUCGCUUGAAACGAGUCAAAGGGCGAGCGGCUACCAUUGACCCUAAGACCCCUCUGCAAGGAAACAAAGUAGUUUCCGUCUCGACCUUGGGCAGAGAACCACCCACCAACGCCGAACGGGUGCGAUUUGAGGUCGUGCUUUCGGCGUUACAGCGCACCUCCCGAGUCCUUGACCAGUCAUUCGUCCAACGCUUGUGGUUGCCAUCUGAAGCGUCCGCCACGCCCACCGUCGCUUCCAACUUCCCGACAGAUACCCCGAUCUACUCUCCCAAACAGGCGUUGAACGACUCUCAGCGAAAGGCUGUAUCUGCUAUUUUGGCGGCAGACGACUACAAGAGCAAUCUCACAUUGAUACAUGGCCCGCCUGGGACAGGGAAGACCACUGUGAUCGCUUCUGCCGUCACCAGCAUUGGACGGUUAUAUCCAUUUCGUCCAAUGUGGCUCGUUGCUCAGUCGAACGUAGCCGUGAAGAACAUCGCUGAGAAACUGGCAUCCGUGGGUUUCACCAAGUUCAAGAUCCUAGUUUCCGAGGGGUUUCACUUCGACUGGCACGAACACUUAUACGAGAAGAUUGCCCCUAACGUGAUACGUUCGGACGCGUUCACAAAAUCUUCCCUUGAAGCGUCCCGGCAAUUGCUCGACUCGAACGUGUUGCUAUGCACGUUAAGCAUGUUUGCCAACGACAGCAUGAAAGUGUACACCCGAUGUGUAGCAGUUGAGACCGUCAUCUUCGACGAAGCCAGCCAAAUUGAAGUUGGCUGUUACCUUCCAUUGUUCGCUCGUUUUAAUAGCACUCUUCGCAAACUAGUCUUUAUCGGCGACGAUAAACAGCUCCCACCCCAUGGACAAGGCGAUAUCGAGGACUUGCAGAGCAUCUUCGAAAUGGAACACCUACGCAACCAUGAUCGUAUGCCAGUCGUCAUCGGGAACUUCAUCUCGACCAAUGUCUAUGGGUCGAGACUAAGGACGGUACACCAGGUCAGAUGGCAACAAAGCUGCCUAUUUGUUGAUGUAUCGAACGGCAAGGAAGCACAGCAAGGGACCAGCUGGACGAAUAUCCCGGAGAUUCGAGCUGUUAUCAAGAUCGCUCAACGCUUCCACAAACAAGGAAAGCCAUACCGCAUAAUCACUCCCUACGACGCGCAGCGUUCAAAGAUUGAAGGAAUGCUGAAGCAAGAGAAGCUUCCCUGGGAGGACAAGUGCUUCAACGUUGAUUCUUUCCAAGGUGAAGGAGUUGCUCCUCACUUCCAUUCUGAAGGCGUAGUGCUGAAGUCGCUUCAUGGCAUGUUAGGCAACGAAGAAGAUCAUAUCAUAAUAUCCGUUGUACGCACCCAGAAGAUCGGUUUCCUCCAAGAAGCUAGGCGGGUCAACGUGAUGCUGACGCGGUGUAAGAAGAGUAUGGUUUUAUGUACAAACAAAGCCUUCAUACAGGGCCCUGCAGCCACGUCGCUGGUUGGUCGACUUGCGGCUCAAUUGGGCCCCAAGAAUUGGGUUGGCCUUGGAUGA